AUGGGCGGACCUCUACUCUCCCCGGCCGCGCCACCCUCCGUCCCGGAGCAGCGGGACCUAUCCCACCUCCUCCGCCCAGAGACCUACCAACCGCUAUCCCAGCUCUCCAUCCCAGCCCCCUUCCGCAACUCCCCCCGGCAGCCCCGCCCCGACACCGCCAUCCCCGACCUCCUCGCCCGCGGCCACUACCGCGCCGCCGCCAUCGCCGCCGCCCAGGAGCUCUCCGGCACCGGCGGCGCUCCGCCCCCGGACCCAGCCGACCACGCCCGCAUCCUCGACCUCAUCCACGUCCGCCUCGCCUGCCUAGGCCUCUCGGCCGCCUCGGGCGUCGCCGUCGGCGUCGCGGCCCAGGAGGCGCGCGCCCUCGGCGACGUCGUCGGCCCCAGCUUCUUCUCCUCCUCCACCACCACCACCUCUGACGCCAACGACGCCGCCGACGACGAAGAGCCGCCAUGGCCGUGGCCUCUCCGCGUCCUGGCCGUGCGACUGCAGGCCCUCGGGUUCGCGGACCCGCGCCGCGCCGUCGCGAGCUACUAUGAGCUGGCUGCCGAGGCGCGGUCGCGCCUGCGCGGCGCCACGGCGCGCGGCGACAACUCGGCCCGCGAGCUCUGGCGCGGCCGGCUGGCCGGGCUCGGCGUCGCCGUCGCGGGCGCGCUCGUCGAGAUGGGCGACCUUGCCGGGGCGGCGCGGCACCUCGAGACGCUCAGGGGCGGGGUGUCCGACGGUGGGGCGGCCAUGGUGGGCUUCGCUAGGGCGCUGUUGUGGUUGCAUGUCGGGGAUGUGGAGGCUGCUAGGGCGUGUGUUGGGCCUGGGGAGGUCGGGGAGAAGAUUGUUGCUGCGCUGUGCGCUAUGGCGGAUGGGGAGUACGGGGAGGCUUUGGCCGCCUGGCGGGAGCUAAGGGCGGAGAGACCAGAGGAUGAGAUGAUUGGGGUGAACAUGGCGGUAUGCCUACUCUACGUCGGGGAGAUCCAGGAGGGCAAGUCGCUUCUGGAAGGGAUGGUCGACGCCGGCUACUCGUCCCACACGCUGCUGUUCAACCUCGCGACUAUGUACGAAUUGUGCACGGAGAGAUCGCGGACCCUGAAGGCGCAGCUUGCGGAACGAGUGGCGGGGAUGGAGGAGAGUCCUAUGGGGUGGGAGAAGGGGAACGCAGACUUCAAACUGUGA